CUCACCUAAAAGGCUACACAGCUCGUCCAGUCUCAUCGACCGGCGCAGAGAGAGCAUAUCAUUUCACACCGCCCAUCCCAUCCUCCUCCAUCACAAGCUUCGCGUCCGGAUUUUCUCUCCCAAGCGUUCCUCGAUCGUCUUCCUGCCCAGAGCCGCAGGGAACACCAUCGCGGCGCCGAUGGAAGUCGCCGCCCUCGCUUGAGCUCGACCGUUCUCCAGACGCGCAGUUAGAAUGCCAGACAGCAGCGGCGCGACCGUCUUUGACGACCUGCCCGAGUGGCUCGUCGUGGAAGAGAUCCUCGUCCGAUUGCCGUCCAAGGACGUACUCCGCUGCCGCGCCGUCCGCAAGUCUUGGCGCAGCCGUACAUCCACUGAUAAGUUCAUCCUCGAUCACCACAGACGCCAGCCCUCGCUCCCCAUCAUCAAGCAUCGAAAGGGCAUCUGCCGCCCCGCCGUCUUCAAUGACGCCGGUCCUGGUGCCGGAGCCCCAAAUGAUCAAAAGAUACGGCCCAUCCUCCACCACUACACGCCCCCAGUUGGAACGAUAUUCACCACUAUAUACAACGCGGCCUGUGAUGGCCUCCUCAUCAUGUCGCAGCAAUUGGAUUUUUACAUCUGCAACCCGGCGACCCGCAGGUGUGCUUCCUUGCCACAUCCUCCACUACGACCUGCUGGCUACAGCGCCGUCGCCGUAGUCGGCUUCUACCGGCACCACGCAUCUGGAGAACACCGGGUUCUCUGGGUGGUAUUCUCGAUAGCUGCUGGCAGCGCAGUUGAGUUGCCUGAUUACUUCGUCCUCACGGUGGGAUCGGACCAGCCAAGACCCAUCCAACGCCCUCAGGGUGGGGUUCCCGCCGCCCGGUCCUCCCGCGGCCCACCAGUCCACCAUCGUGGCAGCCUGCACUGGGCAGUGAGCCUCAAGAUAACUGUCUUUGACACCGUAGCCGAGACAUUCCGGCAGAUGAGCCGCCCAGCACAGUUGGGCCAUAUGGUGUCCCUGUUGGAUAUGGGCGGCGCCCUUGCUUUGUGUGGCACUAGCGAUGACUUCGUCACUUUAGAUGUUUGGGUGUUGCAGGACUAUGAUGCCCAGACAUGGGGCUUUCAGUAUCGGAUUAACUUGCUAGAGAUGGUGGCAGUACCACCGCUUAAUUUGAGGGAGAGAUAUGCCCCUACGAUGGAUGUCAUCAACGAGCGUGAGCUGUUGAUCGAGCAUCGUCCUGACCGUCUAUUGCAUUGUGACAUUGAUGGAGUGUUUCUAGGAAAUGUGGAACACGAAGAGCGUCUGAUCGGCCUGGCACUUACUAGGCAUCGCCUCCAAGAGAGCUUGAUUUCACUUCCAUUGUUUGAGAGGCAAGAAGAAGAUGCUGGGAAGGAACCUCCAUUCGCCAUGGUGCUAUAACAUGCCGUGCUGCAUCAUCAUGUGCUGAACUCCUUGUUUGAUGUGCCCUUGGAGCACCAAUAUAUCCAUGUCUUUUGUUCUUAAUUUCUAGUACUACUGGUAGAACAGGACAAUUUGGACGGCGGAAGUAGCACUUCUGCGUUCAUCAAUUUGUGUUUGUUAUGCUAUCUUCAGGAUCAUGUUAUUGUUUUAAACAAUGUACUACUUAUGCUAUUGAACUGAACUAUUCGGAUGAUGGAAGUAGCACUUCUUCUGACAUUAUUUGGUGCUUGUUAUGUUAUCUUGAGGAUCAUGCUAUUGUUUUCAACAAGAGCUAUUACCUAUGCUAUAGAACUGUUCUACUGUUAUCCCCUGUUUAAAAACAGUUUGCAUUGUUAAGAAGCACGCAAGGCAUGGUUGUGGUUUAAAAUGCUAA